UUUCCCAUUUAAGUCAGUAUAAAUUGAUCGAGUUAUUGGUUAUAAAGCCAAGAAUCAGGACAAUAUGGACGACAUGUAUUUAAUGAAUAAAGAUGAAAAGUUUCAGUAUGUGACCUCAAAUUUGGGCGUUAAAACCAUGGACAUUGUACAAGAUGAUUAUACCCUAAGAAUGGAUCGAUUCAAAAACGAAAUUGAGCGAAAUGCGAACUCUAGCUAUUUCAUGCAGGACACCUGUCAGCUCCAUCAAAUGAUGGCUAAAUCAGAUCCUAAGAUUGAAAACAGUGAGAAAUACGAGGAAGAUUCUGAGAUGGAUAGGAAACCUGAGGACAAGAUUGGGUGCUCCGUUGAUGAUUCAAAUCAGAAUAAACCUCGAGUUCUGCUAAAAAAGGAUCGCCUGAAGCUGAAGUACAUGGAAGCUCUGAAGCUGGAUGAAAACCUUGAGGCCCGACUGAAACACUCUGCCAUGGAAUCCAAUCCCGAUCUGGAGGAGCAACAAGCCGAACUAAAAAAACUGCACAAGAAUCAAGUAGAAAUGCAUAAAGGUGUGCAGGAAGAAAUAAUGGUUUGCUUCAAGAGAGACAUGGAUGAGCUAAUGCAGCAGUAUGAUGCCGAGUACUCACGACUUAGCAAGGUCCAUUCUGGGUGGAUGAAUCAGAGGAAUGACCCAACCGAUAACUCCAACACUCAUCAGCCCUAAUCAACGCUUAGGAAUUUUUAAGAUUUUAGCAUUUUAUUAGUCAAAUCAAAACAUAUUUAUGAAGCGUGUCCGAUUAAGACUUUAAAAUAAUAAAUAGUCAAGAUUUUUCAGAUUA